AUGUCAAACUCAGAUCUGGCCGCUGCUGGAAGCAGUACAUACGCCUCGAAUACCCUUCAUGUUGGAGAUGGAACUUGGGACUCGGGGCGGGACACUUUCCUGCUGCCCAAUCUAAUGGGUGUUAAUUUCGAGACAAUGCGAUACAACGGCAUGGGUAAUCGUUUCAAGGAUAUGGCUGGAUACCAUGCCCUAAUUAUUGCGCACGGCGUUAUUGCAACCAUCGUCUUCUUAGGCAUCGUCCCAACCUCCGCCAUAAUAAUCCGAUACUACUCUCGGUGGAACCCAUAUUGGGCAUUCAAAUUGCACGCCUGGUGUCAGGUGUUAACCCUACUCUUGACGACGGUUGUAUUUGUGCUUGGGUGGUUCGCUGUCGGGCCGGCACGAAGCCUGACCAAUCCUCACCAUGGGAUAGGUCUAGCAAUAUAUGUCAUCGUCAUUUUCCAGGUACUUUGGGGUUGGUUCUUACACAAGAGGGAGAGCAAGAGGCAAAGACUUCAUGUUCCCAUGAAACUUGUGUUUCACCGAUGGUUAGGUCGUGCUCUCGUUAUUAUUGGCAUUGUUCAAAUUCCUCUUGGGCUUACCCUCUAUGGCUCACCCAAGGUACUCUUUAUCUUGUUUGCCCUAGCAGUCUUCGCCUACCUGGUACUCUACUUCAUUCUUUCCUACAGAUAUGACGAGCAAGGAUAUCACAUGGGAAGUGAUCAUGGUGGUGGACACAGUCAUUACACGGGACCAUCAGAGGUCUCAGAACCCCACAACCACCACACAGGGGAGGCUCUGGCUGCUGGGGCUAUGGGUGCUGGGUUGGCUUCCAUGUUCCGACGACGUCCACGCAGCCGACAUGCCAGCCAAGCUUACGAAGAUUCACGCACGUCUCUGUCUGAUGAGAAAUAUUCUGAUGAGUCUUCACGUCACAAUGGCGGCGGCGGCUUUGGUAAAAAGCUGUUGGAAAUUGGCGCAUUGGCUGGGGCUGGUCUCAUGGCAAAGAAAUUUUGGGAUCGUCGAAAGAAAAAGGAAGAAGACACCGAGUCCGGUCGUUAUAAGCCGGCACAUUCUCGCAGUCACAGCUACUCAGACGAAUCCCUGAGCCGACUGGAAGAUGGUCGACCAGAGCCGACCCAUACUACGCCUCUAAAUCGACCACCCAGUCGUGCACCGAGCAGAUCACAAAGCCCGGGCUCGUCUUACUAUUACAACAGCACCUAUUUCACUGAGCCGCCCAGGCGAGAAGCUUCUCACAAACUUCGAGAUACGGCUGCGGGCGUCGGUGCUUUCGCCGCCGUCAAAAGAUUCUUCAGCCGCAAUAAGAAGGACGAUGCUGAGAGAGAAAGGUUGGACGAUAUCAGACGUCGCGAAGAUGAAGACGAGACGCUGCAAAGAGCAAAUAGCAAGCGACGACCUCAGGCAGGAGAGAGCUUCUAUCCGAGAAGAAGGGCCAGUUCUUAUAGUGAAACCGAUCUCACCGAAACCGAUCUGUCUCGGCCACCACCACCCCGACAUGCCCCGCAUGGUGAAUCGGUUAUGACUGGAGAGCCGCUUGCCUCGGGCGCUGUCCAUAGCUCUGUGUCAGAAAUGCCUCCCAUGCCACCUGUCCACCAUCAUGGGUAUUCUGGCGAUCUACCGUCAGAGCGUCCUCAUUCACGCCACUCUAUUCCCCACGACGGAUCAGAGUUUGCAUCUGGUGCGGCCGCUGGUGCCGCCUUAGAUGCGGCCUCUCGUCGCAACAGAAGCAGCAGCCGGCGCCGAGAAGAGGAUGUCGCCUCGCCACCUGUUUCCGUCAAAGUGAAGAUGCACAACGACGGCCGACAUGUGACACUCCGCCGUCUUACUGAAGAAGAGGCAGCCGCAAGUCGUGAAGCCCGACGCAGAGAGCGAAGAAAUUCACGCCGUCGCAGCAGCAGUGCAGGGUCUCUUUCCGGCAACGAAGACGCCGGUUACGACCGCUGGCGUCGUGUCGAAGAACUCGAACGCCAACAAGAAGAGCAGAUGCGCCGUGAACAGGCAGCAGCUGCUGGUGGUCCUUCGGCUCCACUUGUUGCUCCUUCGGGCCCUAACCCUGCAUCUUCAUGGGCUGCUCCGCCCUCCCAAGUCAGCCAGAUGCCACCACCGCCACCUAUUCCCGCGCCUUCCAGUAUGCCUUACGGCCCUGGGAGCAUCACCUCACCUCCCUAUACCGCCACCGAGAUGAGUGGCUCGUAUGCAAACAACCGUCGACGCAGACGUGCAGAACGAGCCCGAACUCGUCAGGAGAGACAGCAGCAGCAUGGUGUUGAGUUUACUUAG